UGGUCGGCAUCGAGUGAGCGAAGAAAAACAAGAAGAAGAAGAAGCGGAAGAAGAGGCGGAAGAAGAUGACGACGACGAAAAGAGUUGGCGUUCUAACGACAUUUGUGCCAGUUUAGUUGUUUUUUUUUUAUUUCUUUCUCCCUGGUUGUCUCCCCGACCGUUCACAAACGGGGCCUGCGGAUAAAUCCCGCCGUAGCCAGAAGCCGUCCAGGAUGACGACCGUCGACGUGGAAGACGAGAGCAUUUUAGCGUCCAUCUUCCAGGAUUCCUUCCCGGACAGCUGGAGGGACAAGCCGGACUUGGCGGCCUACCUGUCAGAGCUCAGCUCCUUCGGCGUGGACAAGCUGAGCCGAGAAGAGGAGCGGCUGGCCGAGGAGCGAGCUCACAUCCUGCAGCAGACGCGGGAAUUGGCUUUCUCCAACUACCAGACCUUCAUCAGGACCGCCGACUGCACGGAGCACAUCUACCGAGACUUCGGCCGCGUCGAGGCCAGCGUGUCCCGCCUGCUGGACAAGCUGCCCGGCUUGGGGCAGAGAUGCAGGGUGUUCGUGAAGGAGGCGGAGCAGAUGGCAGCCAGUCGCCGCAUGAACAGCCUGACGUUGAACCGACACACUGAGAUCUUGGAGAUCCUCGAGAUCCCGCAGCUCAUGGACACGUGUGUUCGGAACGCUUACUACGAGGAGGCUCUGGAGCUGGCCGCCUACGUCAAGAGGCUGGAGAAGAAGCACUCGGACCUGCCCGUCAUCCAGGGAAUGGUGCGGGAAGUGCGGCAGUCAGCCCAGCUGAUGCUGCUGGGGCUGCUGCAGCAGCUGCGGAGCAACGCGCAGCUUCCCACGUGCCUCCGAGUGGUGGGCUACCUGCGGCGCAUGGACGUCUUCACGGAGGCGGAGCUUCGCGUCAAGUUCCUGCAGGCUCGCGACGCCUGGCUGCGCUCGGUGCUGGACGCCAUUCCCGAAGACGAUCCCUACACGCACGCAAGCAAGAGCGUGGAGGCGUGCAGGGUGCACCUCUUCGAUAUCGUCACGCAGUACCGCGCCAUCUUCUCCGACGACGACGAUGACGACGCUCCCCCGGGCCGGGCAGCCGUCAACGAGGCGGCCAUCUUCCACGGCUGGGUGCUCCAGAAGGUGUCCGACUUCUUGGAGACUCUGGAGCGGGACCUGCAGCGCGGAGUCGGGGGGCGCCUCGACUCCCUCCUGGGACAGUGCAUGUAUUUCGGCCUGUCCUUUAGCCGGGUGGGGGCGGACUUCCGGGGGCAGCUGGCGGCCAUGUUCCAGAAGGUGGCAGCCGCGGCGUUCCAGAAAGCAACGUGGGAAGCGGUGGAGGAGUUCCGGGAGGACAUGAACGCUUACACUCUGGUGGCACUGCCGUCUGUGCUGGGCGGGAUGGCCCCCCCUGUCGGCUCCGGGGCCCAGCCCGAAACCCUGCAGCCCCCCAUGAGCCUCCUGGACUUCCACCCUCUGGCCCACUUCCUGAACAACGUCCUGACUUCCUUCAACGAGCUCCGCCUCUGCUGUCCUCUAGGCCUCGCCCGUCAUGUCUCCGCCCACCUGCAGGAUGCCCUUCACACGGUGACGCAGCAGCUGGUGGCGUUCCAUCGUGCCGAGGAGUCGGCCUUCAGCGAACGCGAACGCGAGCUCUUCGUGCACAUGUGCCACGUGUACGCCCAUGACCUUUUACCGUUCAUCAACCGCUGCCUGCAGACGCUCUUUCCACCCCAGCAGAUGGCGCUCGUCCUCGGCGUUCCGGCCUCCCAGCUGCACGCGUUGGAGCGCUUGGGCCGAGUGGACGUGAAGGAGCUGGUGGAGCCGCUGGGAUUCGUGUUGCCGAAGGAAGACUCGGCCACGGAGCCGAGCGCCGUCACGUCGGACUCUCUGCCGCCAGAACCGGCAAGCGACCCGGAUCCCGUGGCUGGAGAGACGGAGCCGGAGACGAGCACUGAAGUGACCGAGCAGACGUCAGAGGAAGGCUUGAAGGAAGGCGGGGAUGCGUUGUCAUGGAAACCGUAAAUGUGAGCGUUGAAGGAGCCGGAUGGACUCAUCGCUGCCACCGAGUGGUCAUUGCUAUUGCUAACUCAUCACCGACCAAUCAGAGAAGACCUUAUUGCUAUUGCUAACUGUGGCCACUGACAGGCUUAAAUCAACGUAUAUAUUCAUAAAUACAGUACAGGUUUGCAGCUUCACGGUUUUUCAAAAAUAUAUGAAUAAAACAUGCAGUUUCAUAAUGAAAUACAGUCUGUUAUAUAUUUUGUGUGUACUUUGCAUAAAUGUAGCAUUUUCAAAUGGCUAAAUCUACAAUGUAGAUGUCUGCUGCUAACACGUGGUAUUCUACACUGGUCAUUAUGAAUUAUUAAUGUUGGGCAAGACCCAAGCACCGGAACAACAGGCAUUUAUUGCAGGUUUGAAUUCUCUCACAAUAAUUCCAACGUGCUACUAUUGUCGCCGUGACCUACAACAAAGUAAAAGUCAACUCGCUGAACUCCAGACAUCACUUCCUGUCCAACAGCGGAACAUAUUUAUAGCAAUACAGGUAUAAAGGUGAU